AUGGGCGGUUUGGCUGAGGUUACCAGACUCUUUGGAGAGUUGGCCGUCGCCAUACGCCGCCCCAUCGAUGGCGGUGAGAAUGAGGAAGUCGCUGGGACCGUCGCUUCGUCGCUUGUGGACUUCCUCAGACCGAGUCCGGAGGCAGCAUCUGGAACUAGGGUUUUGGACGCGGCACUGUCGCUCAUGUGCUACAGAGCAAGCGAGGUAGCUCUCUUCUUUGUGUUCUUUUUCCUGUUUUGUUGCAUUCGAGUAAUUAAUUCGUCUUCGAGGUGAUUGAUGCGGUGGGGAUGCGCUGUCCGGAAUAUGUUAGGUCUAUGGUUCCACUGUUGAUACCGUCAUCAAGACCUUGGUAUCGGUUCUGUCCUCAUCAGUUUCUUGUAAUGUCCUCCGCCGUGGUGAAGCUGACAAGAGGGGCGUGGAGAUUUUGAGGGUUGGCAGCUCAAUUUGUUUGGCCGACACUGAGAAACUGAUCCGGGCAUGCAUUGAUGUUCUCGGCAGUUUGAAAGGACACGGUAAGUUUUGAUGGUCUCUCUCCAACAUCGGAAUUUUCAAAAAAAAUAAUUGUCUUCAAAAAAACUAUCGUCUUUCCUAUGCUUUAUUAUCUCUUCACUGUUUUGCAGUUCUUUAUCGCCCUCUAUUUUGCGGUGUGCUAAAGGUAGCUGUAUCAGCAUCUGACUAUCAGAGUCUAUUUCCCAUUUCCUCUGCAUAUUAUGAGAGAUGUGAAAUCCCAAGAGUCAGUAGAAGCUCUGUCAUUUUGGAAAUGCAAUCUCAAAUACCUGAAGAGACAUCUGAGAUGAGUGAUGAAAUUCCACUGAGGUACUACAAAGUUAUUCUUGACACGUGAGAAGAGCUUCGUAUUUUUCUACUAACUUUAAUAAACGAGUCAACCGAGCCAUGAUCUAUUAUUCCACCACCCUUGGUUGGUUUCCAUGACAUUUCUAUUUUUUAUCUUCACAUUUAGAUAUUCAAUUCAUGUGUGAUUGUCAGCAAGAUCAAAGUAGGAAUGCAACUUUUAUAAGGAUUUGUGUAGGUUAUCUUGCAUUCCCUGCUCAUUUGUAUAACAGGAAGACCAGUCUGUGUUUCCUUCUCUUUUUAAUGUGUAGAACUCUAUAUUCUGAUUGCCUAUUCUCAGAAAAUAUAUAUAUAUAUAUAUACAUUUUAUAUUGUAUUUGAUGGUAUUUCUUAGACGACAAUAUUCAUAUUCAGUUUCCAUCACAGAUGGUCAUUUGCUGUCUCAAAAUUUAGUUGAUCGUCUUUCAUAUUCAGAAAGUACUUCACCUAACCUUUGGUAUUUCCCACCUACUCUUUAACAUAUAAUAAGAAAACGUGUUUAACAGAGCGGAAAAUAAAUUUUGACUGAUGAAAGGCACCAUAACCGUAAUACCUGGUAACCUGGGUAACCAUGGCAGACCAGUUCAGUGGAUAGUUACAUAAGUAGACAAAAGCAUUGAGUUUUCUACCUACUCUACGCUCACCUCAUGAAACGCAGUUUAGUCCUUCUCUGGUUAAUACCUUAGAGAACAUUCAUCAUGUUUGUCUCUUAAAUGGAAAUAUUGAAUGUAGAUUGUAUUUUUAACUAUGGCAUAGCUGCAAACCGUGUGUAUUUUUGUCGCAAAUAACUCUGAGGUUUUAUUCAUCCUUUCUAAUGUUACACAUGCUCAUGUCGUGUUUCAUGAAAAAAUCCAAAUCUUCAUCUAUUAAUUAAUUUCCCCAAGUGAUGGAUCAUUAUCUCUUCAUAUAAUUCUCUGCCCAGGUGUUUGUCCAAAGGGUCACGAAUAAGUUUGUGGUCUUCUUGCAGAUUACUUUUGUGGUACCUUGAUCCAUCACUUCUUAAAGAUGAGAUUUCAAACUUACUUAAGGAAGUCAUUCACAGACCAUUUCUUUGUUUGAAGGAUGAAUUUCAUGAGAGGAUGACUUGGCGUAUUCUAAUUAUGUGUUUGGUAACUUCUCCAACUGCAUUUACACUGAUCAGGGAUUUAUUGCAUAAAUGGUUUCUUAUGACGUAAGUUCUGCUUAUUUCGCUUCACAUUUACUGAUUAUCCAACUUGUGAUUAUGCUUUAGAUUGCUAUCUAUCCAUGUAUUCUAAACUGAGAGUCUUCAAUGCUUCACUUAGAUCUCCUGCGCAUUGUUUCAAAAACCGCUCGUAACUGGUUCUGAAAAAAGUUGGUGAUCAAGAAAAUCUGCGCCCAAUGAGAAACCAGGAUUACCUUAAAGUAACAAUUGCCUCCAUUUAUAGAAAUAUUUCGGAAAAUUUGAUCUUUGGGUCCUCAAUUCGACAAUAUGCCAACCCGAUAGCAUAACAAAUGAAGGGCCCUUCCCUAGCACCUAAAAACUGUCGGCUUUCUCCAAAAAAAUACAAAGAACAGUUGACAACAGUGCUUGAAAUCUUUGCUUCCUUUCUUACAUUUGAAGAUAUGCUCUGCGGGUCUAUGUUGAACAGUCAAAUAUACUGACACCUGAUUUUAAGAUUUUUGAAAAUAGAUGUUGGCAUAUGUAUUCAUUGGUAAGGAACUUGUAGACUGUAUAGAAAACUCAAAGGUGCUGUCUUGAUGGGAACCAGUCAUCUACAUUGAAAACUAGGCUUGACUUAAUAUCUCAUAGCAUAUCUAAAGGGUAAGUGUCAGCUCGUUUGCUUACAAAUGAUGCGAAAGGAUUCAGUGGCUCAUGAAUGAAGCAUUUUAAUAGAGCUGCGGGGAUAGCUCGGCGCCAGAUGCACACACAACAUUUCUGGGCAGACUACAAAUAUCAGCAUGUAAGAUUCAGAAUGAUAGGAAUAAGAGGGAAGAAGAAUGACACCGAAAAUUUAUCUACGGGGUUUGAUAGUUCCCAUAUCAGCAUCGAAGAGAAUCUACUCUCUCUCCUCUCGUGCAUUUAACCAAUGAUUUUCUUCAACUGGGAUCAUGGUUUUCGUAUUCCUAUGUAUGAUCUCACCAUCUCAAUACCUAGGAAGCAUCUCAUAUGAUCCAAAUCGCCGGUAUCUUAUUCCUUCUCAAGUUUUAUUUGCAAUAGAGCGAACCCCUCUUCAUUAUGAUCUUAAGUCAUCAACAUAUCCACAAUCAAUCGAUAUGCAAACAUUCUCUUCCUUCUCGUUAUACAGAUAAAAUGUGAUAUCCACAACUUUUCUUGUAAUCAAAGCUGACCAAGGCCACAUGUUCUCUCAAAUCAUGCUAGAAAUCAUUUCACUGUACUGUGCUUUAUCUAACUUACACACUGCCUUGUGACACAUGUUCGACGGAAGCAUUGCACUCAGAAUAUCACUAUUCAAUAAGGCAUUCUUCACAUCUUGCUGAUGUAAAUUCAUGAUUAAUGGACAACAGCAGAAGGAACAACUCUGAGAUUCUUCAAUGUUUAUAUCUUAAGUUUAUUCUGCCAAUAGAAUGAUUUGUAUUAUAUUGUUGGUGAGAGCCUUGGAUCCAAAUAUUUUAUUUUCAUGUUGGAAAGUGAAUCAGCGCUCAAGUUUUAUUUUCUCUAGUGGACCCAUUUUUUCUCAUUCAUUGUUCUGCACCCACUUUAGAUCUUUAGCAACAUUGAUAAGACAAAUGGAAAUAGAUGUGAGAAUAAGAUGCAUACAUAUGAGUAGUAUAGCAUCGAAUAUGACUGUGCUUGAUUUAUUUAGAUGAAAUCUCUCUGAUGCCAAUUCUCCUCCCUAAUCUUAAAUAAUAAAUACGCAAGUAUAUGAUCAAUUAAAGAGAUGCCAGAUCUAUGAGAUGAAUGCCACAAAUUCAGAAGCUUAACAUUAAAAAACCCUCUCUCAAAAAUGUCCCUAGGUUGUUCAUCAAGAUCCAGUGGGCCCAGCUCAGUUAGAGGUCUCUUUAGUCAUCCAAAAAAAAAAAAUCAUUGUGUUUGAACAAGCUUAUCGUUGGACUCUGUUUGGUGUUAUAUAUCAUCUCAUUCAUACCUUGAAUCAAUAAUUUAGAUGCUGUUUUUUCCAUCAUUUUCGGUGUAUUAUAUACGAAUUAUAACCACACAAAACGCACUGAUAUUAUAUGAAACUUCCUUUUUGAUCCAAUUUAUUGAUCUUAUAAGUUUUUUCUCUUUUUUUCUUGAUCAGAGGCCUGGCUUCUGUCAAUGAUCUUCAAAUCGCGCUGGUGUCAUCCUUAUUAGAUGCUCUCUCCAGGCCGAUGUGGUGGGGUUUCUCAACGGAGCUCGCCCUGAAACUCCCAUUUCUCCACGCCUACUUCCCCACCUGUCACACUCAGCUUCUGGCCGCGUUGACCGAACCCACCUCCUGCGACGGUCUUCUCAAUUUAGUCAAACUGAUCGAACCCCACCCUGCCCCUCCCAGCCAAAAGAUCCACGUGGCAACACCUCAUCUCCCUAGAAUAGACUGCAACUCCACUUGGUAAGAGGGAUUCCUUUCGCCACCUCUUCUCUUCUUGAUAUCACGUAUGCAAUUCUAAUCGACGAUGUUUGACUCAUGUUGAAGGGCCAUGCUGAUGAGUUUCCCCUCUUGGUUUGACUUCGCGGCUGCCCUGAUCUUCCGUGGAGAGAAGCUCAUAGGAAACGAGAUGACCCUGCAGCAAGCUGCUUCGAGAUACCUUGCAUUCGUUCUAAGCCCACUGAAGGAAGAAGGCUUCGAUCUCUGCUGUCACGUUCUGGGCGAAGUAUCACGGUCGUGGGCGGCGACUAGUUCUUCGGGCUUCUGGUCGCUUCCGUCGUCGGAUUUGAGGGCCCACGAGAAGAGCGGGUCUGUUGGGCGAAAAAAACUAAGGAAGAGGAAGGCAGCUGGAGGAGAAGGAACAGGGGCCGAAAUCUGGCUGUGGAAAUUCCAUGAACGCUACGAAGAGUUCUGCAACGGGGCGGCCGCUGGGCAGUCGCAGAGUGAGGUGAGAACAAUGGAAAUCGUUGACCCCAGGUCAAGUCCGCUGUUCAGGAGACUUCCUUUGGGGAUAUUGACUUCCCACUCAGGUCUUUUAGAUGAGGGGGAGUUCGCCCUCUUGGUCAACUACGCCGCAACAGGAGAACUCCUUCCUGUGAAGACUCGGAGCACCUCCGGUGAGUGGCCGCUGAGAGGGGCGGCCCUCGUGUUCAGCCUAUUUGACCACAUUGAAGAGAUCUCUACUGCACUAUUCGACCAAGAAGGCGAGACUACCGCCUUCGUUCAUCUUAUGAGGAGCAAGACAUCUGGGUACCUGUUGAUGUGUGUCAGAGAGCUCCUCCAAUCCCGGUCCCGGCCCGAGGACGGCGGAGGAGAGGGAGAGAUCAUGCUGAAGGACCUCUCGGUGAGAUUGGCCCGGUGGAGGGAACAAGGUGGAGAGGAGGCCUUCGAGGGCUAUGCGGCUUUUGGUGAUAUACUCGAUGAUAUUAAUAGAAUCUAG